AUGGCGCACAAGUUCGUCAUCACAGCCUUCGUCACCGGCUCCCGCAUCCUCGGACGCUCCUUUGUCGCCGCAUACAAGCAAGCGCAGGCCGCGUCCGCCUACCAGCGCGCCCAGGCCAAGAAUGGCAACCCGACAUCGGGCGCCGCGUCACUGACGGGCAACAUGACCCUCGACGAGGCCUGCAAGAUCCUCAACGUCAAGCCGCCGGCCGGGGGGCAGGCCGAUAUUGAGACGGUUCUCGAGCGGUACAAGAAGCUCUUUGACACCAACGACCCAGCCAAGGGCGGUAGUUUCUACCUGCAGAGCAAAAUCGUGAGGGCCAAGGAGCGCAUCGAGAGGGAGAUGGGGCCGAUACGAGAAAAAGUUGAACAAGAGGCCGAGGUGAAGGAAGGGUUCAAGCCCAAGAUGUACAAGGACCGGUAA